AAUGGAGGCGGGGCCACCCCCGAAGAUUCUACUGGAGUUUCAGGACCUCUGCUAUACUCCUGUCGUACGGUACAGAGGCUAUCAUGAUGAAGAACUCCAAAUGCCCAGGGUCUACCGCCAACAUUGUUGAAGACCUCAAAAUAAUUGGCUGCGGAUGGCAUGCUACUUGGUGUUUCUUAGCCUAACUUACUAAAAGUCAAGAUAGCAAAGAAAUACUAAAAAACGUAAGUGGAAGAUUCCGGCCCAACCAUGUGACAGCAAUUCUUGGACCCUCAGGAGCGGGGAAGUCGACACUCUUGAAAAUCCUCACAGGAAACAGGUCAGCUGGAGUGAAGGGACGAAUCACAGUCAAUGGCCAGCCAAUGAUUCGCUCCCAGUUCCGCAAACUGUGCUGUUACAUCGCACAAGACUUUGCGAUGUUGGGUCUACUCACAGUCAGGGAGACUCUACAAGUUGCUGCCAACUUUAAACUUCCUGGCAAUAUAUCCAGCUCCAAGAGGAAAGCUUUGAUAGAAGAGAAGGUGGCCGAAGUGUUGGACACCCUCGGACUGUCACCUCAGGCAGAGACGCAAGUGCAACACUUGUCUGGCGGAGAGAAGAAGAGACUGUCUAUUGGGGUGGAGCUCAUCACCAACCCUCCUGUCAUGUUCUUCGACGAACCAACCAGUGGACUAGAUAGUACUGCCUCACUGAUGGUUAUGGAUCAUCUCAAGUCAUUGGCACAACGAGGCAUCACUGUGGUUGUAGUGAUUCACCAGCCCAGCUCUAGAUGCUUCCAGAAGGUGGACGAUGUCUUCCUGCUGUCUAGAGGACAGUGCCUUUACAAUGGUCCUGCCUGCAACAUGGUAGAGACAUUUGCAGCUUUAGGUCAUGAGUGCCCCCCCUACUUCAACAUUGCUGAAUUUGCGGUGGAGGUUGCAUCCAAGGCAGAAGAAGAAGUCAACCAAGUGGUGGAGAGAGCAAGACUUGAUUUUACUAGUCAUGACAGUGACUUCUUCAAAUACAAACCAUUGAAAAAUGGAAGUGAAGACUUAUCAAGUGAAAGAAGUCCAAUGCUGAUAUGUGAAGAUAAGGAUUACAAGAUCCAAAUCCAACGGUCUGGCUCUUCCAGUAAUCAACCAGACUAUCCAAUAUCAUCUUUUGCUCAGUUCUGCAUUCUUCUUAGAAGAUGUACGCUGUGCAUCAAUCGGGACAUGCAUCUUUGUGGAGUACGUCUCUUCAGCCAUACAUUUGUCUCUCUAUUAUUAGGGAUAUUAUUUUACAAUUUUGGUAACGAUGCUACCAAAGUUUUAGGAAAUUUCUCCUUCAUUUUCUUCAAUGUGAUAUUUAUCUUCUUCGCUACGUCUAUGCCAACAAUAUGCACAUUUCCUCUUGAAGCUGAUGUAUUUCUCAGAGAGGAGUCCAACAACUGGUAUCCCAUCAGGGUUUACUAUUUCGCCAAGGUUUUAGCUGAUGUUCCUCUGCAGAUAAUCUGCCCGACGAUAUUUGUGAGUGUGGGUUGGUACCUGACGGGUCAGCCGCUGGUGCUGUAUCGCUUCGGAAUGCUGUGGUUGGUCAGCGUGCUGAUAGCAAUGUUGGCUCAGACCAUGGGCAACAUGGCUGGAGCAGCUCUCUCUGUGCAGACGGCAGUAUUCAUCGUCCCAUCGUCCACCAUCCCUGUCCUGCUACUCUCUGGUUUCUUUGUGACCCUCAAGGACCUUUAUCGGCCGUUCCAAAUCCUUGCGGAAGUGAGCUACUUCAAGUUUGCCUUCGAAGGAGCAUGUCAGAGUAUCUUCGGCUAUGACCGGCCCAAGUUGCCGUGUUCCCAGCCAUACUGUCACUACCGCCAUGUGCACAAGUUCCUUUCCGACAUCGGAAUGCAGGACUUCACCUUCUGGUACAACGUUGUGUGUUUACUCGUCUGGAUCGUGUUCCUCCAGAUUCUACUCUACGUUGUGCUGAAGUGGAGACUCUCCAAGGCCAAAACGUGAUAGAAGAAGUGAUUAUGUUUCCACUCAUGACAAUUUUGAAUUUUAUCGUUUAAUUUUUUUCUUAGUUGAAAAAUACCACUCAAUGACAUUUGGUAUUGAUCAGUAGGAGCGAAAAGACCAGAGGAUGCUUGUUAUGCAGAGUAACACACUGUUCUAUCACAUUCCUUAAUUGUGUUGUCUAUCUGCUAGUGUCAAGUCAACACUCGAAGCAGAUCGAACUCAAACCUACACAGGCAGCAAACCAGGUUUUGUUUUAGAUUACCUUUGUUGUGUUGUAGCCUGUAUAGUUUUUGAGUAGGUAGAUGUUUGUGUCAUCCUUUGCAUUUCACCAGUUUGUGUGACAUCUUCAGGGGUCUUCUUAAGUUAUCUUCUUAUCACUAACACUACAGUCUAAACUGUAUUUACAAAAAUAUUUACAUAUACGGUUACUUAGUAUCAGGGUCGGGUCGAUCGGACAAUGUGACGACUGCGGACUGAUAACAAAUUUCUGUUUGAGGUUUUGUCGUUAUUUACUCAAUCAAAUUACUUUUGUUCAAUACCUCUCAGGAUUUUUAUCUUUCAUCUCUUAGACAUACAAUAGAUAUCUCUAUUUCAUUAAAAUUAUUUUUUAAUUUUUAAUUUUGGUAUAAUGAUGGUACCAACAGAAGCAAAAGAUUGCAUCUACUCUAGAUUACCUCUAGGAGAUGCAAACACUAUUUAAUUUUGGACUAGCUAUGCUGAAUCAUUUAUAAUGCCACAAAUAAAAUAUCUGCUGAUCUUUUUGGUCUCAUCUAAGUUAUUUAUGUAUAUGUUAAUGUUAUAUAAAUAAAGUAUACUCAUUCCAUUCUUUUGAACAUAUUUUACGAAUUUUACAAAGAAGGCAAAUUCAUUUGUUUGAUUACAGUAUCAAGAAUUAACAAGGUUAAAAGGUGAAUUUAAAAUGUAAAGGUUAUGUUUCAAAAAUAUAGUAUAGCUUUUAUUAAAAACCACCUUAACUAGAAAGCUGUAUUUUGGAUUGUCAGGUACAAAAUAUUCCAGGACUUCCUUGACCUUGAUUACUAUUUAGCAGCCUUCAUGACUUCUAUGAGAACUCAGAGGCAACAAAUACAUUAGUUCUGGACCUGUCAUCCCGAAAAACCUAUGGAAAUGUUUAUUAAUUGCUUUUUUUAGCCAUUCAAACUUUCCUGGAGUAUGUUACAACAAAUGUAAAAAAACGUUUUCCUCUUAAGAACAAUUAAUCAUAAGGUUGUUUGUAUUUUGUUAUGUAUUGAUUUAUUGUACUUUUAUAUUAUGUGCAAAGCACAAUUUUUGUUAAAAAUGUAUAGUUAAUUUAAUCUCUCAAAAAUAUUCAAACUUUAAAAAAGUUGUGUUAUAGAGUUUGAAACAAUAGUUAAAAAUAAUUUACAA